GAUCAAUAGAAUAAGGGAUGGAUGAGAUUGAUGAUGAAGAUGAGCUUCUUCUUGUUUUGCUUGGGUACAUAGAAUUGUACAACAAGUUUUUAUCAAAGUCAUCAAUAUAGUUUGUAUUUAAAGAAAAGCUGUUUGUGUUUGAACUAUUAUUGUAUUUGUGUAACAUGUUGCAAGUUUUGGGAUUUUGUGUCACUUGGCCGCUAUUGCAAAGUCUUGUUUUGUUUGAUGAUUUCAAAAUAGUUUAUCCGAAUAAUAUAGUGUGGAUCAAUUAUGGAUCUUGUGAUAUUGAUUUCAACAGCAAUAGUUUAUUUGAUUUGAUUAAAGCAAAAGGAUAAUUAGCAUGGGAUGGUCAUGAACUUGAGUUGUAUUUAUAACAAGUUUCAAUAGAAUGAUUCUCCUCUUUUCAAUUGUUAAUUGCUGUGUCCAUUUUGUGGAUUCAAACAGAAGCCUCUUUUAUCAACAGUUUUAAACGAUCAAUUGAACGAAUACACAACGCGUUUUGUUGAGUUUUCAAAUCAAC